AUGCGACUCAACCCAACAAAAUGCGCCUUCAGAAUGGAGGCAGGGAAGUUCCUUGGCUUCAUGAUUACACAACGCGGAGUUGAAGCCAACCCGGAGAAAUGUCGUGCCAUCCUCGAGAUGACGAGCCCAAAAAACCUACUCGACGUUCAGAAGCUCACCGGCCGACUAACAGCCCUAUCUCGUUUUCUCGGAGCAUCAGCCCAAAAAGCAAUCCCCUUCUUCAAAUUAAUGAAGAAAGGAGCCCCCUUCAUGUGGAAAGAGGAGUGCGAAGUGGCAUUCCAACACUUCAAGAAAACCCUGGCAGAACCACCAAUUCUCGCCAAACCCCAAACAGGGGAAACCCUGUACUUAUACCUCUCCAUAACGGAAGAAGCACUCGCGGCGGCACUCAUCCGAGAAAACAAGGAAAAGGAGCAAAAACCUAUAUAUUUCACAAGCAAAGUCCUACAAGACGCAGAGACCCGCUACUCGCGCCUAGAAAAACUAGCCUUCGCCCUCCUCACGGCAUCCCGACGCCUGCGGCAAUAUUUCCAAGCCCACCCCAUAACGGUUCGAACCGACCAAGCAGUUAAACAGGUACUACAGAAGCCCGACCUACCGGGAAGAAUGCUAGCAUGGUCCGUCGAAAUAUCCCAAUUCGACAUCAAGUUCGAACCCCAGUACGCAAUCAAAGCACAGGCCAUGGCCGACUUCAUCGCCGAGAUGACACCAGGAAACACCCCUCCCGAGUCAUGGAAACUACACGUCGACGGCUCCUCGAACGUCACUUCCGGAGGCGCCGGAGUCAUUCUGGAAAGCCAAAACGGCGUCGUAAUCGAACAAUCAGUCCGAUACGAUUUUCCGGUCUCAAACAACCAAGCAGAAUACGAGGCCCUCCUGGCAGGACUAACCUUAGCCAACGAAGUCGGGGCAAAGGUCCUGGAAAUCAACACGGAUUCGCAAGUAGUCAGUUCCCAAAUCAACAGAGACUACCAAACGCGAGAUCCCCUGCUACAACAAUACCUCGCCAAAGUCAACAAACUAAAAGAAGAAUUUGACCAGGUAACCAUACAGCACGUCCCCAGGGAAAGAAACGCCAGAGCCGACCUCCUCUCUAAACUUGCCAGCACCAAACCAGGACACGGCAACAAAUCGCUAAUUCAGGAGGUCGUCAAAACACCGUCCAUAUCCCUAACAGCCGACACCCACCUGACGCACUCCCACCACAAGUCUUGGACCUACCCCAUCCUACAGUACCUCCUCAACAGAACACUGCCCGAAGACCCCAAAGAGGAAAAACGAAUAAAAAGGAGGGCCACCGGCUAUACGGUCGUCGCGGGACAACUAUACAAACGUGGACUCUCGCAACCCCUGCUCAAAUGCGUCGAGCCCGGAAACACGGAAUACAUACUCCGCGAAAUCCAUGAAGGCUGUUGCGGACACCACAUCGGAGGUAAAACCCUUGCCCAAAAAGUCAUCCGCGCCGGCUACUUCUGGCCCACGAUCAUCCAGGACUCCAUACAACUAGUGAAAAACUGCGACAAAUGCCAAAGGCACGCCAACAUCCACCAAGCCGCCCCGCACCAGCUCAGCAUUAUAUCAGCUGUCAUCCCAGUUGAAAUCGGCGACCCAAGUCCGCGAAGAACAAUCGGGGGCAACGACGAAGAAGCAGAACGAGACCUCACUGACGAAAUAAGAAGCGUAGCCCAUCUCAGGGAACUAGCCCUAAAACAAAGAAUCAGUCUAAGAUACAACAACGGAGUCAUUCGGCGAGAAUUCACGACAGACGACCUCGUCCUACGACGAAACGACAUCGGUCCCCCAACCCCGGGAGAAGGGAAACUCGCCCCCAACUGGGAGGGACCAUACAGAAUCAAAGCUGCAAUCGGGAAAGGAGCGUACAAACUCGAACGGCUUAACGGUCACGAAGUCCCGAGAACAUGA